AUGAGUGUUUCCAUAUGGAACUUUGUGUCAGCAUUGCAUCAAGAACCUGAAAUAUGGGGACCUGAUGCUGAUAAGUUCAAUCCUGGGAGGUUUGCCAAUGGAGUCACUGGUGCAUGCAAGUUUCCACAUGUAUACAUGCCGUUUGGCAUUGGUCCUCACUUGUAUUUGGCUAUGCAAUUUGCAUUAACAGAGCUCAAAAUUCUUCUUAUUCUUCUUUUCUCCAACUUCUCGUUCUCUAUCUCCCCUGAAUAUCGACAUUCCCCCGUGUUCAAGUUAGUGUUGGAGCCCGAACAUGGAGCGAAUCUCCUCGUAAAGAGAGUAUGA